UCCAUUUCACUCCUCACUGAGCCUCACUGGCUUUAGGAGUUGGAGACUUUUCCCCGGCAGUGUCAGUGGGACAGAAAGAGGGGUUUAGGAAACUGGUUAUUUUCCCAUCGCAGAAGGAACUUAAAAUGCCUCAGAAGAUGGUCAUGAUCUUGAGAACUUCAAAUCUACUGUGGCUGGUGUUUGCAGCUUCUCAAGCUUUUAAAGUCGAGAUCUCCCCUGAGGCCAAAAUUUUUGCUCAGAUUGGUGACUCGGUCUCACUGACUUGCAGCACCACAGGCUGUGACUUCCCAAUUUUCUCCUGGAGAAGCCAGAUAGACAGUCCGCUGAAUGGGAAGGUGAAGAGUGAGGGGAACAAGUCCACGCUGACCAUGGAUCCUGUUAGUUUUGACAACGAAUGUUCUUACCUGUGCACAGCGAUUUGCGGAGAUGAGAAGCUAGAAAAAGAAAACCAGGUGGAAAUCUACUCACUCCCUAAAGACCCAGAGAUCUAUUGGAGUGGCACACUGGAGGUUGGAAAGACGGCCACCAUCAUUUGUUUGAUCCCUGAUGUUUACCCAUCUGAUAGGCUGGAGGUGGAGUUACUGAAGGAUGACAGUCUCCUGAAGAAUCAGGAGUUUCUGGAGGGCAUGGGCUUGAAGUCCCUGGAAAACAUGAGUUUAGAAGUAACCUUUACUCCUGUCAUCGAGGAUAUUGGAAAAACCUUUGUUUGUCGAGCUAAAUUAAACAUUGGUCAAACUGAUGAAGCUGAUCCUGUGACCAGAGAAAGACAGACCACAAAAGAACUGCAAGUCUACAUAUCACCCAAGAAUACAGUUAUCCUUGUGAGCCAUUCCACAACUCUGCAGGAAGGUGACUCUGUGACCAUGGUGUGUUCCAGUGAGGGCCUGCCAGCUCCAAAGAUUUUCUGGAGCAAGAAAUUAGAUAAUGGGAAUCUACAGCCCCUUUCUGAGAAUGCAACUCUCACCUUAAUUGCCAUGAGGGUAGAAGAUUCUGGAACUUAUGUAUGUGAAGGAAUUAAUCUGAUUGGGAGAGACAGAAAAGAAGUGGAAUUAGUUGUUCAAGGGCAACUGUUUACAGUUGAGCUCUCCCCGGACUCCCCAGUUGCUGCUCAGAUUGGGGACUCUGUUGUGUUGACGUGCAGUGUCACAGGAUGUGAGUCCCCGUCUUUUUCUUGGAGAACCCAGAUAGACAGCCCACUCAGUGGGAAAGUGAGAAGUGAGGGGACCAAGUCCACGCUAACCCUGAGUCCUGUUAGCUUGGAGAAUGAACACUUUUACCUGUGUGCAGUGACCUGUGGGCAUGAGAUGCUGGAAAAAGAAAUCCAGGUGAAACUCUACUCGUUCCCUAGUGAUCCAGAAAUUGAGAUGAGUGAUCGUCUAGUGAAUGGAAACCCUGUCACCGUAAGCUGCAAGGUUCCUGAUGUGUACCCUUUUGACCGAUUGGAGAUUGAACUACUUAAGGGGGAAAGUAUUAUGAUGAUGAAGAAAGACUUUGUCCAGGACAUGGAUAGGCAAUCCCCAGAAACCAAGAGUUUGGAAAUGACCUUCAUCCCUACCACCGAAGACACUGGAAAAGUUCUUGUUUGUCGGGCUAAGUUAAAUAUUGAUAAAAUGGAGUUUGAACCCAAACAAAGGCAGAGUACACAGACACUUUAUGUUAACGUUGUGCCAAAAGACAUGCAACUCACAGCUUUUCCUUCUGAGAGCAUCAAGGAAGGAGACACCGUCACUAUUUCCUGUACAUGUGGAAAUGUUUCAGAAACUUGGAUAAUCCUGAAGAAGAAAGUAGAGACGGGAGACAAGAUGCUAAACUCUAUAGAUGGCACAUAUACCAUACGUGAAGCCCAGUUAGAGGAUGCAGGAGUGUAUGUAUGUGAAUCUAAAAGUGAGGCUGGCUCCCAAUUAAGAAGCUUAAUACUUGAUGUUAAAGGAAGAGAGAAGAAUCAGGGCUAUUUUUCUUCUGAACUUCUCGUGAUGUAUUUUGCAUGCUCCUUAGUAAUACCUGCCAUUGGAAUGACUGCCUACUUCGCGAGAAGAGCCAACAUGAAAGGCUCAUACGAUCUUGUAUAAGCACAGAAAUCAAAAGUGGAGCUAACGUUUGAAACAUUCAACCAGAGACAGUAUCUAUCAGCCCAGAUCCUUAAUGCUGCUCAUCACUCUGUGGAAAGAACAACUAGCUGAGUGUUCAGUCUUCCUUGACUAUAGUGGAUGCGUGGAAAGAAAUGGCUGCCUGUGUCCUUUGCUGUGAACAAAAAGCCAAGGGGAAAUUUUCUCCCUGAAAGAAUAGGCCGUGCCACUGAGAUACGAUGACUGGAGCGGUUUCUUGAUGUGUAUAUACAAUAACAUAAUAUGUAAAUAUGUAAAAUAAAAUUAUGCCAUAGAACUGUUGCUUGGAAUAACAGCACUCUAUGUUGAGAUCUCCAAAAUAAUUAAACAGUGUCGCUUGAACUAAUUGUUAUAACUUAAUGCAUCUUAGAAAAAUUUAUCAUUGAUGUUGAUUGGCAGCUGAUCUGUGUCACCUUUUUUAUAUUUUAU